CGAUCCGUUGCGAACAGACACGAGCUAGACCCGGUGCGAGGUAGUGGCGCUCAGUGCGGCCGCCGGUACAGCAGCAAACACACUCGCGGCUCGGCGAUGUUUCCGCUCAGCUGAACUGAGCGCACGAGGGACGCUCUCUCGUGUCCUCCGUCCGCGUAGGAGGGCAGUUAACCCAACGUGUUUUGUAUCUUCACCUUCCUCUGUCUCCUCGAUCUCAUCUCACGUUCGACCACUUGGCCAAGCACGCGCCAUCACCGCUAUCAUCGACUCACCACCAGCAACCACGAAAUAAUUGAAAAUGCCAGCUGUACCGGCAGUAGCCGAAGGUGCAGGCCAACUGGAGGACCUGGACGAGCCUCCAGAGCCACGAGUUCGCGGAGGAAGCGGAAGAGCAGGGCUGAUGAAGCCGCUGGUUGUCCUAGCACUUCCUGGCAUGUACCUAUUCUAUAAGUACAGCCAAUACAGAAGGGAACAGCGCGAAUUGUCUCGUAGAAGGGUCACCGAGAGGGAACUUCAGCAUCUUCAUCACAAAAUCGACAAAUUGUUGACGAAACUGGAAGAGAACGAGCCAGAAUUAGCCUCUUCACAGGAAGAUGAGUGUGUAAUCUGUGUGAAUGCCAGAGCCACGAUGCAAACGGCUCCAUGUGGUCACAGAGUGGUUUGCAGGCGUUGCUUCGUGAAAACGAUACAAAUGGCCGUCUCACAGAGGGUUUUACCGUUGAGAUGUGUCAUAUGCAGAGCAAAAAUUCUACGUCUGAAGCAAACCCUCAUCCCACGGGAUUACUCGAUGUCUGGGAAGUCUUGCAUCUUGCCCCAGAGUGCAUCAGAGUACAAUAUGGGGACAGGGGUUUCCGUUGGGGUGACUGGACCUGGCGGUAGAUGGGUUCCUGGAAAUGUUCCAGCUUCUGCUUCCCUCUACUCCAUGGCCAGUGGCUCGUCCUCUAUUUCUGGAGUGUCUUCCGUAUCUUCUUCGAGUUCGUCUUCUGCAAGUAGCACAGGAAGUUCAAACCUUGGGAAACCUACGAGGGUAAGGCAACCUUCCGGUGCCACGUUAAGACGCUCGCAGACGCAAUCCAUGAAAAUGAGGAUUCAGGAAUACCAAGAUCCGAUUCAGCAAGUCGCUGAGGAGGAGGAAGUUAUGAGGGAGAAUCGGGAACGUAGAUUGCCACCGAUCAAGGAGUUCCAAAGGGACUAUCGUGCUGGGAAAGCCUCCACUAGGAUACGAUGUGCUCAAAAAAUCGUGACCCAAUUGGAGACAUCGCCGAGUCCUAGGGGUUCGACUGGGGUGAACAACUCGACGUCUUCGUCGUCGGCUAGGUCAGCGGCGAAGAGGCCUCAGUCGGCGCCAAAAUUGUCGGUCGUACAAGAGAUUCAGAAAUCGAAGAAAGAAAAAGAGCGAGAGAAGGAAAGGGAGAAAGCGGAGAAGGCUCGUCAAAAAGAAGAGGAGAAGGCUGAGAAAAGCAGACAGAAAGAAGCGAAGAAAUUAGCCAAGGAGGAAAAGAAACGAGCAAAGAAGGAAGCAAAAGCGAGACGGAAGGAAGCCGAAGAGGCUCUCCUCAGGGAAGAAAAGUAGUCUUCUGUGGAAUAGAAACAACGUAGAAAUUCUCACGGGGUUUUGUUCAAGGUACGUCGCAAAAACUGGUUACAUUAUUAAAAAUCAAAGAUUCACGAGAGAAUUUUAUAAAUUCUUAGAGUACAAUCGUAGUAUUCUUCCCGAAGCAUUGUCGUCUUUGAUUCUCUUCGAAUCAAAGUAGUUCACAAUGUUCAUCGUCGUAGCAUUUUUUCAGUCCGGGAAGGAAGGGUCUAUUUAACAGUUAUACAGUAUGGAUCAUGGAAAACAGCUCACCUAAUUCUUUUCUAACAGCAAGUUUUAUAACUAUCGAAAGUAGUUAUAAUUAGAGAAGAAAAUUAGACAGCCUGUUGGGCAUGAUCCAUUCUGUAUUAUCGCUUUAGUUGACGAACAAUUAGGAUAAGGCGUUUUAACGUUUUAUAAAGAACGAGAGAGAGAGAAAGAGAGAGAGAGAGGAAACAGUUUGCGAUGUGACUUGAAUUGAGAGCAAAAACAACCCCUUGAAGGUGGUGAGAACGUAAUAGAGGCGGUAGAGACGUAUACCUAAGAAAACCUAGAAGCGGCCAAACUUAGUAACCUGUCAUAUCGAGUUUAUCGCGGACUAAAUAAUACUAAUCGAUAUAGAAAAAGAGACUCGAGAAGCGUAGUGGCUACGUUGCUACAUAUUAUUUCACGAUUAUCGCGUAUAAUCUUUACCUUUAUCCUCGACGUUUCCAUUUUUUAGGAACAGCAAACCUCGUGACGUUUGUCGUUACUUUUUUAUAUAUUAUAUAGAGAUCACUCACAUCAGUUUCAUACUUUAACGUCGGUCGUUUUUAGCGGUACAAUGAAACAGCGAUCCAAGACCUAUCUUUCAGUCUCUGCUUCACGGACAAUACUUUUGAGGACGUAGUAUUUAAUUCGCAGCUAUUCCCCUGUUCAAGAGAGAGAAUGUUCAUUAGCAAACCUAUCACUCUGUUCCUCCAGUUCGUUCAUCCUAGUCAUUGUUCGUUCGCUAGAACAUACAAUCGUAUCAUCGAUAAUUUUCUUUUUCGCUUUCAUCCCCGUUCGAUUGAUUUCAUCCCUUACAUCACGUACGUGUGUAGACACGUAGAAAAGUGUUCGUUCGUCUCCGAAGGAGUUAACCCUUUGAGCACUCAUUAGAUAUAUUUCAUUUAAGAUAAAUUAACACUUUGACGAUAAUUUACCUUAUUUUUAUUUGUGCCAAGAACUUAAGAAAUAUAAAUUACUGAUAUAUGGUUUUAUCGUUCGCAAAGGGUUAAAUGAACACGUAAACAGCCUAAAUUAAGGGUUCGACUAAAAUCGAAAAACACUCGCGAUGGGUGAUUGUUCGACGGUGAGAAUAGUUUUAAAACAUAUAGUACAAUACGAUAGAUAGAGAAAGAGAGAGAGAGAGAGAAAGAAAGAGAAGUGCAGAGUUUCGAGUGCAAUGGGUGCCUCGUAAUCGACUUCGUGAUUAUCGUAGACGAGUAGCGUUUUAUCGAUUCGUUUUUUGAUCCUCUUCUCUCUGUCUCGAGACAACAGAUGCUUCAUUAAAUUGAUUACUUAUUAAAUUUUACCAUUUGCCCUAACUGUGUGAAGAUUUCCUUGCAUGACUGUAACUUGAAUAUUACGAGUAUACGAUUAACAGUUACGAGACUAACUACACGAUUAGACCUCUUUGAAGCUGUCCUUUUUCCAACCCCCUUCGGUUCGACGAGCGAUGCUGGAUAAAAAUGAUGCAUGUCUAGAAUUCAAAAAAUAUUGUUUGAUCGAUAUUUUCUAUUAUUAGACGAACCUCUGGUACCUUUAUCUUCCAGGAUAUUCACUCGAAAUACAGCUGAUUUUUGUUAGAGGAAAAUUAAUAGCUCCAGCGUCGUUCAUGAGCCAGCUCAAGCAGCCAAAAAUCAAAAGCAAUUUUUUACAGCGCGCGACAAUGAUUUAUAAAAUGGAUAGACGGUAUCAAAAUAAUGAUAUUCAACGAGCAGAAACACCGAUUGACAGACGAUUCUCGCGAAAAGAGCUAGGAUUUCUCGUUUUCCUUUCGGUCAAGUUUCCUCCUCUAAAUUAAUUUAAUUUAUGCACUUAUGCGGUUACAAAUUACUUAUUGUUGGAGAGGUCCAAAAAUUUUUAUUUCUUUUUUUCCAGCUUCAUUUGUCAAGCAUUUUUUUUUACCUAGGCUUGAUUCUUUGUUACUCGCGAGGAAAUGAUCGAGAAAGUCUCCAGUUUUUCUCUGUUCGAACUACAAUAGCUCCUUGUAAAUCGUUCUUUACAUGGCGCAAAGAAAAGAGUAGACCGUUUAAUUUCUCGCGGUGCGUUCGAUGGAACGCGACGAAGCAUAACUCGACGAUCUUUGUUGUAUCUGAGAAAAAACAUCGCGCACAUAUCAGUAGUAAUUAAUGCAUUUUACUCGGCGUCUUUGCUUCAAUUUCGUCGCGGAAGAAAUCGGAUACGAUUAACUCUACCCUUUGUGAUCGGAUGUUCGCGAAGUUCGAAAGACGAGGUUGAUUCUACGACGCCGUUAAUUAGCGUGUAAUUGUAGACUGUCAAUUAUUACCUGUUACACAUCGAUUUCAUUCGUAACGACGUGUCACGAAGACGAGGCCAUCAUUGGCGAUGAUUCUUCGAGUUCUCGAUCCUUUCACGUACAUAUACAUCAUUGCAAAAUAAUUGGCCGUGUAUAAUUCACAACGAAAGGAUUGAGAAUUGACUCCAUCGAACGCUAGGGAAGAAAAACAGGUUUUCCAACUUUUGAGCAAAGAGAAAAAGCUCGAUCGUGCGUUCGUGUUUCGAAUCGUUUCGUUUAGAGACUUUCUCGAAUACAGAUGAUGAAAAAUAAAUGAUGGAAGAAAAAAAAGAAAAGAAUGCAAGCAAUGUCGAGCGAGUAGCUGAGAGAAGAGAUCAUAAUAUAAUAUAUAAAGAACGAGAGAUAGUGAGAGAAAGAGCGAGUGUUUUCUGCCAUCGUAAAGUCAAUUUUAUCGCGUACGUAUGUAUAUGUAUCGUUUCAAGUGUGUGUGUGCGGAUCCAAUGAAACGGACGCCGCGCCGUCGUUGCAGCUAGAUAUUUUUGCUGAGAAUCACGAUUCUCUGGUAUACGUGGCCUGAAAUUCGAACAUGAACGAAAGAAACGAGCUGACAGCUACAAUUCGCAGCAGAAAGUCUCGAAUCAAUGUUAAAAAAAAGAAAUUUGUUUAAAGAUGAAGAAGAUAGAUUAAGUAUUACGAUAGGCAGUCUCGUUGGAAAAACCAUUGACGUAACUAGGUAGGGGUCAGAUUGGAUCUAGCCCUUUCCGAAUACUAAUUGGUUCCCUAUCUCAUCAGAAAUCAUUAAAACAAUUUAAAAACAAAAAAAGCACUCGUCUCCUCGCAAAAUCUUAACACGAUCGCUAUCAGCAAAGACGUGACAUCUUUUGAUGAUAAUCGAUGUCUAUCGUACGAAGAACUUGAUUCACUCUAGACAAAAAUUCUAGCUACGCCAAUGGGAUAGAUUAUCUAGUGUACGAAAGUUUGUUGUGCAACUUUGAAAGGAAGCAGACUAUUUCUAAAGAGAGAAGAGAAGGAAGAAGCUAAAAUACCAAAGAAACACACAAAUCGUUGGCAAUAAUAUUCAGUGUUUAAAGAGGGAAAUUGAAUACGAAAGAAAGUAAGUGGAAGAGAAGGAUCGUGCGGCGUCUGAGGACAACUUUAUUGUACUUUAUCGUGUAAGAGAGAUUUGUAGAGAGUUUAUAUUAGGGCCAAUUGUCACGGCGAGAGUUCUACGAUAGCGAUGUUUUUUUCCUCCCCUUGCAAAAGUUGUGAUCAACUAUUCAGUCUUUCUCAAUAUUAAACAUUUUCCAUCUUAUACGAAAUCUCUGUUUGCUGGUAUCAAAUAUGCAGUGAAACUUUAAAAGAACUAUUCGAAAAAUUAUACAGUUGAAGAAAGAAAAAUACAGCGACCAGAAACAGAUCUCAAAUAGUUGGUCACAGCUGAAGACCUUGUCGCGUUCCAGCGUAAUACUCGCGUAACAGUUGCCGUGAUUAAUGAGUCACGUUUGCGUAAUUAGCUGAUAACGAAUCAAGUUGAUAAGAUCUGUAAAACAGUUUGAUUUUGUUCCAAAGUUAGAGUAAUCACAAUUAACCCUCGAAUGGUUUAGCUGAGUUGACUGUCUGUUAACUCAAUGUAAGUUUCGCAAUUUUCAUUUACAUAUUUCUUAAAUUUUUCUUUCGAUAUUAUUUUUCCAAUAUACAAAAGAUACUUCUUUGACGACUCGACCAAGCUCUCAUUAUUCGAGGGUUAAUUUUGUUCGACAAGUAACUCAGUCUUUUAUUGAGUUUAGCACAUUUUAGAGUCUUAAUACAAAUUGAAAGAAUACCAGAUUGCAGUCGAAGGAUUGCAUGUAGUAAGAAGCUUAUUCCUCGUAAAAAAAAUCAAAAUUUACAAAUUUAUAUUCUAUAUAUUAUUGAUCGUACGUUUCAUUGCGUGCACGAUCGCAAAUAUUAUUAGAUUGUUAGACACAAACGAUGCAACAGGACUCUGCUUCUUCAUGGAUCCUUCGAUAGACAUCAAACGCGAAAGCUCAAAUUAAAUAAAGAACGUCAGUAACCUGACGUUUGAUAAGUAUAAAACGUGUAUAGUUUCUUCUUAGUUUUUUUAUUUAGCGCUUCUUCGGAAAAAGGGAUUCUUAAAAAAAAGAGUGGUGUGAGAGAUGAUAAAGGAAACAUUUUGGAGUGGUUGAUUUUGUCGAGUCUAUUUUUAUCAGUUUCCUUCAAAAUCAAACACAUAUAUGUAUGUACAUACAUAUGAGAAGAAGAGAGAAUUCUUUUACGAAAAUUGUAUUACGCGAUGUGUUACGAUCUGUACGAACAGGCAGUGAAUAUGAAGAAAAAUCAAAUAAAACGUUACAGUGAAUGUUAGCUAAA